AUGACCGAGUGCAUUCGCCAAAUUCUAGAAAUUGCCACCAACACAAAAAUUCCUUGGGGAACACCUUUGGAUCUCAGCCCGGUUGAGUUCAUUCGUAUGGGCACGACGGUUGCGACCAACGCUCUCCUGGAACGCAAGGGCGAGCGCUGUGCUCUUGUCAUCACUAAGGGGUUCCGAGACAUCCUUGAGAUUGGAAACCAAGCAAGACCGCACAUCUUCGAUCUCUCGGUGCGCCGGAUGAGCAAGCUGUAUGACAGAGUUGUCGAGGUUGAUGAGCGUGUCACAAUUGAGGGAUUUGCCGAAGACCCGGAGCCCCAACCCAUCGAUGUGGACUCUGAAUCUUGCCUUACCACUGGGCUGGCUGGUGAGGCAGUCCGGAUUAUCAAGGUCCCAGAUUACGACGUAGUCCGCGCUGACUUGAAGGCGCUCUGGGAGGAGGGAUACCGAAGUCUGGCCAUCGCCAUGAUGCACUCCUACACUUUCCAGGACCACGAGCUGGGCAUUGCCAAGGUCGCACGUGAGAUUGGCUUCAGGGUUGCCGUCUCAUCGGAUCUUCAAAAAAUGGCAAAGAUCGUGCCCCGGAGUCAGUCGGCUGUUGCUGACGCCUACCUGUCCCCCAUUACAGACGAAUACCUUGAAAACUUCCGGAAAGGAUUCAAAGGCCAGCUUCGAGACAGCCAUGCUAGCAAAUUAUUUCUCAACCAGUCAGAUGGUGGUUUGACGGCAUUUGAUAACUUCACAGGCCUCAGGGGUGUAUUGAGCGGCCCUGCAGGCGGUGUGAUUGGCCUUUCCAAGACUUGCUACGACGAGAAGGAUGCAACUCCCGUUCUCGGAUUCGAUAUGGGUGGUACCAGCACCGAUGUUGCACGUUAUGCCGGCUCUCUUGAGCACAUCUUUGAGAGCACCAUCGCCGAAGUAACGAUCCAAACUCCACAGCUUGACAUCAACACUGUUGCUGCAGGUGGUGGAUCGAUUCUGACAUGGGAAAACGGGCUAUUCAAGGUCGGACCUGGAAGCGCUGGCGCAAACCCAGGGCCUGCUUGCUAUGGCCGUGGCGGUCCGCUGACAGUAACUGAUGCAAACUUCUUCCUGGGUCGUAUUAUUCCAGAUUUCUUCCCGCGACCUCUUGACCUGGAAAUUGUGAAGAAGAAGUUCUCUGAAAUCACGGAAUCUAUCAACAGCACCAAGGACGGGGGAAUCCGCCACGUUGUCAUUCCUCGGUACUCAAGCAUCCUCUCUGCUUACGGCAUGGCGCUCGCCGAUGUCGUCGUGGAAAACCAAGAGCCGGAAACUCUGACUUUCUCUUCGGCAGCUGUACCUAAAUUGCAAAUGAGAUUUGAAAGACUGUCCGUGAAGAGCUCGCAGGGCUUAUAUGCACAGGGAUUCAAUGAUGAUCAAAUCAGGCACGAAUACUUCUUGAACAUGAGAUACCAAGGCAGUGAUACUGCCCUUAUGAUCCAGCAUCCCGGAGAUCUUGCCUUAUUUAACAAAGCAUUCGUCGACCGCCACCAUCAGGAGUUCGGCUUUACGCAACCUCGAGAGAUUAUUGUUGAUGAUGUCAGAGUACGAAGCGUUGGAAAAGGUGCAGAUCUCAAACUGAGCAGCCCCCUUGAAGAAUUUCGAAGACUGCAGACUUCGCCCCCCGUCACACCCACAAAGCCCGACUCCGUGAGAAAGGUGUACUUUGAAGGGCAGGGCUGGACCGACACGAGCCUGUAUUUCCUAGACGACAUUCCUCGGGGAGCUCGCGUGAGGGGGCCUGCAAUGAUCGUUGAUAAGACACAAACUGUCGUCAUUGACCCCUCUAGCGCUGCCUUCGUACUGCCUGAGCACCUUUUCCUCGAGAUUCUGGACGUCAACAAGCCUGAAAUACCCACAGAUUCCGUCGACCCUGUUCAGCUCAGUAUCUUUGGCCACCGCUUCAUGAGCGUGGCAGAGCAGAUGGGUCAAACCAUGCAGAAAACCUCCAUUUCGGUCAAUAUCAAGGAGAGACUGGACUUUUCUUGCGCCGUGUUCUCUGCUGACGGUGGGCUGGUCGCCAAUGCGCCCCAUAUCCCAGGCCACUUGGGGUCGAUGAGCUACGCCAUCGCCUACCAGGCCAAGCUCUAUGGUCCUGGAGAGCUGAAACCGGGCGACGUGCUUUUGAGUAACCACCCGUACGCCAGAGGAACUCACUUGCCAGAUCUGACGGUGACCACUCCCGUUUUUGACGAUGAGAAGAAUCCCACAAAGAUCCUCUUUUUCGUUGCCAACAGAGGGCAUCACGCAGACAUUGGCGGGAUCCAACCUGGGUCUAUGCCGCCACACUCCACUGAAUUAUGGCAGGAGGGUGUUGCUGUUGAAACAUUCAAGAUUGUCAAGGAGGGACAAUUUGACGAAGAAGGCCUUCAUAAAAUUCUCGUCGAUAUCCCCGGUUCAUACCCUGGUUGCAGUGGGACGAGAACAUUAAGAGACAACAUCCCCGAUCUCAAGGCUGCUAUUGCGGCCAACAACCGCGGCAUCCAACUCAUCAGCGCCCUCGUCAAGGGCUACACGUGGCCGGUGAUCCAAUUUUACAUGCAAGCCAUCCAGGAUAACGCUGCGCAGUCGGUACGGCAGCUCCUUAAGGUCUUCUCUAAGAGAUUCGAAGGCCAGGACUUCCAAGCCGAGGACUUCCUUGACGAUGGUACACCUCUAUGUCUCAGUAUCAAUAUCGACAGUGAGACUGGCGACGCUGUCUUCGAUUUCGAAGGAACCGGGCACGAGCACUUUGGCAAUCUGAACUGCCCGCCUGCGGUGAUGUUCUCAGGUAUCAUGUACUGCUUACGUUCCAUGAUCUCAACCGAGAUACCCCUCAACCAGGGAUGUCUGGCGCCGAUCAAGCUCAAGCUCCCUGCCGACUCAAUCCUGUCGCCCUCCCUCAAGGCAGCUACUGUGGGGUCCAACGUCGAGACGUCGCAGAGGAUAGUGGACCUCAUUUUCAAAGCAUUCCAGGUCUGCGCUGCGUCCCAGGGGACGUGCAACAAUCUGACAUUCGGAUACGGUGGCACGGACCCAGUCACAGGCAAGGUAACGAAAGGUUUCGGAUACUAUGAGACCAUUGCAGGUGGUUCUGGGGCGGGUGCUGACUGGGAGGGCGAGAGUGGUGUGCACACUCAUGUCACGAAUACGAGGAUAUCUGAUCCCGAGAUCUUCGAGCGACGAUAUCCCGUAAUCCUUCCCGAGUUCUCCAUUCGCCAUGGCAGCGGCGGCAUGGGUAUGAAUCGUGGUGGUGAUGGCUGCGUGCGCGAUAUCGAGUUCCGGAUGCCGAUGCAGGUGUCCAUCUUAUCGGAGCGUCGUGUUAUUGCCCCUUAUGGUAUGGCAGGAGGCGAUGAAGGCAAGAGAGGACUGAACUUGUGGAUUCGCCGUGAUGCCGAGGACGGUACGACCAGAACGAUUAGUCUAGGCGGCAAAGCAACUACGAUGAUGAACGCUGGAGAUAGGAUUGUUGUCUUGACACCUGGCGGUGGUGGAUAUGGUCCCAACCCAGACAAGAAAGUGAAGAAAGAGGUGGUUGGAGCUUUCAAAAUUGGAGAGAAGUUUGCCAAUGCCCAGCUUUUUGCUCGGACCAAGGGAAGUGUGGCUCAAAGAAAUGCAACUGCAACCGAGGGAUAG